UUUUGACAUUCCAGUUUCUAUCGCCACAAAAAGAAGGAAGAAAGACUUGAAAAAAAUAUGGUGUAACAACAUAGACAAAUGGAGGCCUGCAAUCUCUGAGUGCAUUUCUAGUUUCAUUGAUGCGACUGGUUGUGCCUCUCAUGUCUUCAACAUGGCCCCAUUAUUCAAGAUCAACCCAUAUACUUUGGAAGAUUCUUUUACAUUCAAAGCCACGGUGGCUGAGGAAGGCACUGGUAUCACUAUGGUUGACAGCAAAUACAUUGACUUGGACUACAAACUUGGAAAACUGACAUUUAUCGAUACACCAAAUAUAAUUGAGGAGGGAGCUGUUUUGAAUGGGAAGAUCAAAUUCACCCGUUAUGAUGGUGCUGCCAUUGCUCUCCGGACCGUUUAUCUGUUCAAAGGUCCAGAGAGGAGCGCAGAAUUCCUCCAGACCCUCACCACAGACUCUGAUGGAGUGGCCAAAUUCUCUCUCAGCACUGCGACUAUCUCUGGAGACUUCCAGAUCAUUGCAAGUGCAUUGAACAAGGUCUGGCCUCUCCUUUUUAUCUUUACCUUUUUCACUACUCCACGUUAUGAGUCUGCAUUCAAGGAUAUCUCCAGACUGAGGCCAGCGGCUGCAGACAACCCCACGUCCAGCUCUCUGGUCAUCAGUCCUGUCAGUGACCCUCUCCCCUGUGACACAGAGACCCCCAUCCCCAUCAAGUACACCUUCACGGGGGAGACCUUCAGCACCCCCUCUCUGGACAUCAUGUUUAUGGUUUUCGCUAAAGGAGAGAUUGUCCAGCAUGGUGUCAUGAAGGCUCCAGUGAACAGUGGGCAGGUAGUCAUCAAGGGAAAGGAGUCCCUCAAAUUAUCUGUGCGGCCAGAGAUGACGCCCACUGUGCAGGUGAUGGUGUACUGCAUCUUACCCAGUAGAACGAUUCUGUCUGAAAGCAGAGAGUUCUCCACUGAGCAGUGCUUCAAAAACAAGGUGUCUGUGCAGUUCUCCUUUCCAACAGCUGUCCCAGGGGAGAGGGGCUCUCUGCAGCUGUCUGCCCAGCCUGUUGAGAUCCUUCCAGAACUGUAA